CUCAGGGAAUGUUGGAUUCCUAGAGUUCACAGUAGAAGCUUAGCAAAUCCCAAACACAUGUCCUCUCUCUUUCUCUGUAUAAGUGACAGCAACAAACUGUUUGACCCAGAUAGAGAUUUUGAUUAAAUCUUCUUAAUUAUAAUAUUUUACAUUGGUUAACAGUUAAUGCAGCACUUGCUUUUCACAUUUUUAUAUAACCAGGGAAUAUAAUAGGGGAAUUCCCCUGCAAUCUUUUUCUCUAAACAAAUGCAUGAUUGAAGGAAUUUUUCUUUUUCUUAAUUAUUUUUAUAUUAUCAAGAUUUGGUUAGGGUGGUCACAUAGCUUUCUUUUAUAUAUUCUUUUUCUCAUAUAUUCUUUUUUCUCUUACUUAGCUGAAGCAGUGGCAGCCAUGUUACUUACCUUUAUAGAGCCAAACCUUCUGUUUUUCUUGGCUCUUGGGUUCUGACACAAGCUAUGAGUGAGUGAGUGCAGUUGCUGGAGAGAAUGAGAUUAGGUUUUAUGUGAAACUUGCACAUGACAAAACAACACAAAACUGGUUGAAAUUUUCAAAACUUUCAGAUCAUUCCCAAUUCCUAUCUACCCUUUGCUAGCUUUUUUCAGAGUUUGUAAUCUGCAGCUGUUUUUGGCAAUUGGGUAUUUGAUUUGUUCAUUGGAUUCAAUGGAAGCAAGGGAAAGGAAUGGCCUUUUUUGUGUGGUCUUGUCUUGCUUAUGGACAUCUGUUUGCGGAUUAUUAUCGCCAAAAGGUGUUAACUAUGAAGUGGUGGCUUUGAUGAACAUUAAGGGUUCAUUGAAUGAUCCUCAUAAUGUCCUUAACUGGGAUGCAACUGCUGUGGAUCCAUGCAGCUGGACUAUGAUUACUUGUUCUCCUGAUGGUCUGGUUACUGGCCUAGGAGCUCCAAGCCAAAGUUUAUCAGGAACUCUUUCACCAAGCAUAGGAAACUUGACAAAUCUCCAGCUCGUGCUUCUGCAGAAUAACAACAUUACAGGACCUUUGCCCUCUGAGCUUGGGAGGCUUUCAAAACUCAAAACACUUGAUCUUUCUAAUAACUUUUUCAAUGGUGAAAUUCCCAGUACUCUAUCCAAUCUAAAAAACCUUCAAUAUUUGAGGCUAAACAAUAACAGUCUAUACGGACAAAUUCCUACCUCUUUGGCCAACAUGGCCCAGCUUUCGUUUCUGGACUUGUCUUAUAACAAUCUGAGAGCUCCUGUACCUAAUUUUCAUGCUAAAACAUCCAAUAUUGUAGGAAAUCCUCUGAUAUGUGGAACUGCAAAAGACUGUCCUGGAUCCAUACCAACUCCACAAUCUUUGUUCUUGAACAAUUCUCAAAACUCUCAACCUUCUGCAAGUGGACAGGGACACAAAAUUGCCUUGGCCUUUGGUUCAAGCCUGGGCUGCGUCUGCCUGUUGAUUCUUGGACUUGGUUUUCUGCUAUGGUGGAGACGAAGAAAACACCAGCAAAUAUUCUUUGAUGUUAAUGAACAGCGUCAGGAACAGCUAAACCUUGGAAACCUGAAAAGGUUUCAAUUCAAAGAACUUCAGGUAGCUACAAACAACUUCAGCAGGAAGAACCUGGUAGGAGAAGGUGGUUUUGGAAAUGUUUACAAAGGGUAUCUCCAAGAUGGAACAGUUGUAGCUGUUAAAAGGCUCAAAGAUGGCAAUGCAAUUGCUGGUGAGAUCCAAUUUCAAAGGGAACUAGAGAUGAUCAGCCUAGCAGUUCAUCGAAAUCUCCUCCGUCUCUACGGAUUUUGCAUGACAGCAACUGAACGGCUGUUGAUUUACCCUUACAUGUCCCAUGGAAGUGUUGCCACUCGUCUCAAGGCCAAGCCAGUGUUGGACUGGGGCACAAGGAAAAGAAUUGCCAUUGGAGCUGCGAGAGGUUUAUUAUACUUGCACGAGCAGUGCGAUCCCAAGAUAAUUCACAGGGAUGUUAAGGCUGCAAAUAUAUUGCUUGAUGACUACUGUGAAGCUGUUGUAGGAGAUUUUGGGUUGGCAAAGCUAUUGGAUCACCGGGACUCUCAUGUGACCACAACUGUGAGAGGCACCAUGGGACACAUAGCUCCAGAGUAUCUCUCAACAGGUCAAUCAUCUGAGAAAACAGAUGUUUUCGGGUUUGGGAUCCUCUUACUUGAAUUAAUAUCUGGCUUAAGAGCUGUGGAAUUUGGCAAGUCAGCCAACCGCAAAGGAGCCAUACUUGACUGGGUGAAGAAGAUUCAUCAGGAAAACAAGCUUGAGUUGUUAGUUGACAAGGAUCUGAAAAGCAACUAUGAUAGAAUCGAGCUUGAAGAAAUGGUUCGAGUUGCCCUGCUAUGCACCCAAUACCUUCCAAGUCACAGACCUAAAAUGUCGGAGGUAGUUCGGAUGUUAGAAGGGGAUGGACUUGCUGAGAAAUGGGAAGCAUCUCAGAAAGCUGAAUCAACCAGAUCAAGAGCCAAUGACUUCUCAUCUUCGGAGCGCUAUUCUGAUCUUACUGAUGACUCUUCCUUGCUCGUCCAAGCGAUGGAGCUCUCUGGACCCAGGUGAUAACAUUCUCAAAAAAAGGGCUGGGAAAGCAUUUUACACAGUUUUAAAUGAAAAGAAUCUAAGAUAACAUUCCCGUUAAAACAAACUUCUUGUACAUUAGCAAAAGAUAUUGAAACUCUAAAGCUUUGUUCAAAUUUUCUUACUGUACAUAUCGGAUUUGAAAAUGACAUAUAGUUGAGUGAUACAUGUCAUACUGUUCCUGUGAGUGAAGAUUUUUCUUCUCUUGGGAGAUUAUCAGCUGGGUUUGCUUGUAAUAACUGUCCUUCAAUAAAAAUUUCUGUUUCUUCUGCUUAAA